UAUCCAAUGAAUGUGUCCAUCUCUAGUCUGCCCUAUUUGAAGCUACGAUGUGGUACUAUCCAGUACAACAAUGUUGUCGUCGAGACGCCUGGCUACAUUUUGUAUACGAGGUGCUGCGCCGUUUUACAUUUGCUUCCCGACGUGCUGUCGGAGAUAGACGAAUCUCUGAUACCAAAGCUGGAAAAAUCGAUGUCUCAACAUGCUGUGAGAAGCCUGGUGUACAAUGUCUAAAUUCGUUUCAACGAGGAAUUAGGGCACUGGCUGGUUUAGAAGGUUAUCUUGUCUUCUGUGCUGUCCAAGAUGUUGUCGAUGUUGCUCGUUUUACUUACAAUGAAGAGAAAACCGUGUCCAUGUGGACAGUCAGUGGACGACACAAAUUGUAGGUUGCUAAUCAAAUAAGCCAUCUUGGGUACAUAGUUCAGAGGAGAAAACUAUGAAGUGGCUACAAGACUGUCUUCUGUUCGAACUGCACAGCUGCAGCAGUGGAAAAUCUGAAACAGUGCACAAACUAGACACUUAUUCAACAAACACUGACAACAAUCACUUACUUGUGCAAACGAGAACGGUACGUAUGACGUUUUUGUUACGUUUUUGCCUAGGCGUGUUCCACCUACUUACACAACAUGCCUGCAGGAUUUAUGCCUAAUUAAUUAGCUUGAACUUUACGUUAAUUUGUAUCAUGCGUGUUUGUGCAGGUCGGGUCAAAGAGCAAAAUCAAUAAGAAAACUGCACAACAAGAUCUGCACAGUCUUCUCAUUUAUAGAUUGCUACUGGCACUUCACAAACACCAAGCCGUUCGGCUUUCCGUAUACGGUUUCAUUUUUGUUGUAUGUACGUGGCAACUCUUUCUGUCUGUUGCGAUUGCUAAAACCAAACCAGAAUUGUUUGUACGAAUUCUUGUCUAUUCUGCUCUGCCCAUAGCUAUGUAGUUCAUAAUCAGGUCUGUCACUCUCACAAGACUGUGCACUGACAAACUCAACUGUGAGCAACAUCAUAUUCACAGUGUUGUAGUCGACUUGGAUGAAGAUGUUUAUCUCCUCGAUAAAAUUUCUGUCUGUCAACUGUGGGUUAUGGCUCUUACGUCAAUCACUGUCUUUGCUCACUACUUUUUGAUGAAUCUUAAGAUGGUGAAGCCGGUGUCUUGAAGGUUAUUAAUUUGCCGGGAAAUGUUUAUUGGUUGCUAGAGUGGCUCUCAUUGUCUAUUCUCUUGGGAGAAAGUCAGCUGCUUCUUCAUUUGCUGCAUAUGGAAGCUACAUAUACUACCAAAAAUUUCUGCUCGACGUUUUGGCGUAGGAGGUGGGGUAGUCUGGGAAUAUCAGUGACUGUUGUGCUUUGUGUGUUACUGCUAUAAUCAACAUUCUAAGGUUAUUUGCAACACUUCGUUUGGUGGUGGAGUCAUCAUGUUGGACACCAAACAGUGAGGUCGUUGUGGAUUACUCUUACACUUGACUGUAUGCACUUGUGGCAUUUCUGGCCACUUACACUGCUAACAGGUUCCUUAUUCCAGGACAAGUUCUGCUGCUUUGUGCAAUAUGGGCCAUUAUGGCGAUGGGAUGGGUUGGAUAUCUGAAACCUGCUUCUGACUUGGCAGUCACUGCAUGGUGUGUGCUUGCAUCUUGCUACAGUACGAAUUCUAAGAUUAAAGUUGUCGACAAUGUCUGCAUCCCUUGUUUACUUCAGGUCACAAUUGGAAUUCAUUUGAUUUAUUGAACUUAUAAAUUACGUUGCAGUAUCCGCUGGAAGCAGCAAGACAUGAAUGACAAGCCUUUCUUUAACAAGAGACUACUAGACAAACAUUGCCACACUUAUCCUAGCAUAGGAUAGAUUUGUAUUUGUAGUUACGUUGCUUUUGAUGUACAAAAGUUUUCAGAGUUUGGAUGUGUGCAUAGCAUUUCUUGAUAGAAUAAAAUAG